CGAACGUGUGUAGCUGCGAGGAAAAUGAAUCUAAAGAAUGCGACAUUGGAUUUGGAUGUACGAGUUUUAGAGUAUGCGAGUCGGGACGAGUCAUUACAGUCGAGUGUCCAGAGGGACAAAUUGUCCACCCAGAUACUUUGGAAUGUCAGUCACCACUUCAAGUGCCGCCACCUUGCGGUGACUAUAGAAACUGUACUGGUAUGGCAGACGGCAGUUAUCCAAUAGCAGACGACUUUUGCCGCUCUUAUUACCGAUGUGAGGGAGGGAACAUCCAACUUACCGGAUUAUGCCCCGCUGGCACCGUGUUUGAUCAACCAAGGCAAGUGUGUCUAGAUAGAGAUCAAGUGUGUCCACCUUGCGGUACAGCCACCGAAACACCCGUUGGUCCCUGUCCUACAACACCAUGAUUCAAAUAAAUGCAUGGAUAUGACGAAUAAAAGCAUUGGUUUUAUUAUCCAGGGAUUAAUUCAAUUAUUAGUUUAACGAAUGAUAAGUGGAAAAAAAUAAACAAAUAAAUCACAAGUUUCAA